CUUGGCCCUGGAGGGGCCUCCGGGCGCCAGUCGGUCGUCCCCCGCCGCUCCCCGACCCCUUCGGGAUGCGGGCGCGCUCCUCCCUUCCCCCUGUGUCUGGGACCCUCGGGGGCAGGUCGGGGUCGCCAAUGUGGGCGGGAGGUCGGCGUAGUUACCGGCCUGGAGCUAUUAGCAGUUAUGGGCAAAGUUAGGCUGUGACGGGGAGCGGGGGGCGCCGGCUGGCGGCGAAGCGGCCCGUCCGGCACUGCCCGCCUAACUUCUUGCGCUGGAUCCAGCCCGGUCUCCUCCCGCCGCUGCUCCUGCUGCUCCAGUGCCGGCCGCGAGGGUCGUGGGCGCGCCUCCGACACCAUGAGCGUGGGCUUCAUUGGGGCCGGCCAGCUGGCCUUUGCCCUGGCCAAGGGCUUCACAGCGGCAGGUGUCCUCACCGCCCACAAGAUAAUGGCCAGCUCCCCAGACAUGGACCUGGCCACGGUUUCUUCCCUCAGGAAGAUGGGGGUGAACCUGACCUCCCACAACAAGGAGACAGUGCAGCACAGCGACGUCCUCUUCUUGGCCGUGAAGCCACACAUCAUCCCCUUCAUCCUGGACGAGAUUGGUGCCGACAUCCAGGACCGGCACAUCGUGGUGUCCUGUGCAGCUGGCGUCACCAUCAGCUCCAUCGAGAAGAAGCUGACAGCAUUCCAGCCGGCCCCCAAAGUCAUCCGCUGCAUGACCAACACCCCGGUUGUGGUGCGGGAGGGCGCCACCGUGUACGCCACAGGCACCCACGCCCAGGUGGAGGACAGCAAGCUCCUGGAGCAGCUCAUGAGUAGUGUGGGCUUUUGCACGGAGGUGGAGGAAGAUCUGAUCGAUGCCGUCACGGGGCUCAGUGGCAGCGGCCCAGCCUACGCGUUCACAGCCGUGGACGCCCUGGCUGACGGGGGCGUGAAGAUGGGGCUCCCCAGGCGCCUGGCAGUCCGCCUCGGGGCCCAGGCUCUGCUGGGAGCUGCCAAGAUGCUACUGGACUCAGAACAGCACCCAGGACAGCUGAAGGACAACGUCUGCUCCCCCGGAGGGGCCACCAUCCAUGCCUUGCACGUGCUGGAGAGCGGGGGAUUCCGCUCCCUGCUCAUCAACGCCGUGGAGGCCUCCUGCGUCCGCACAUGGGAGCUUCAGUCCAUGGCUGACCAGGAGCAGGUGUCACCAGCUGCCAUCAAGAAGACUGUUCUGGACAAGGUGAAGCUGGACUCCCCACCGGGGACCUUGCUGGCUCCUUCCGGCCACUCCAAGCUACUCCCCCGCAGCAUGGCCCCGUCAGGCAAGAGGGACUGAGGUGCCCCACCUGCCCACCAGGCUGCCCUCCACCUUCUCUAUCCUAGACUUGGAGCUCCUCCACUGGGCAUCUCCAGCCCCAGACCACACAGGGUGUCCCCAAGGUAGCCUACCGCCCACGGCUCUGGUCAGCUCAGGAAUCAGCCAGGGAGGGCGCGUAUCACUCCCCAGUGUGAAUCUCCACAUUUCCGGCGUGCUUCCUGGCCCGGAGAGGGAUGGCCCCUCUGACCUCAACCUCCCCCUUCCUCUGCCCCCAAACCAAGUCAGGACCACCUUCCGGGAGCUCGGGGUGGGGGGCCCUCUGAGCAUCAGCUAGCUUGGGGCUUGACCCCUUCCUGAGCACAAAGGUCUCCCCCCAUGAAGGCCGAGCCAAGGAGUCCCACAGCUGCGACUUCCCCAGCCCCCUCUCAUGGGGGGACACCUCCUCAGUGUGGGAAGGACCAGAGGGUCUUGGGCAUCCUGAGCCCAAUGGGAGGGGCCACAGUGCUUGGCUGGCUGCCGACCACCCCUUGUCCUCAUCUGACAUUUGAGAAAAGGGCUCCUCAGACACUUGGACUUCCAAGGACACCAGCAUACUCAGGCCACCAGCUCUCAUUUGUGACCCAACACACAGAUACUGUUACUUUUCUCCUUGACCUUUUUGGUUGAAUAAACCAUUCCAGCCCAGUGCCCUGACUUCCAA